CCCCGGGUGGGCCCCAGCUGCCUGGCCCUGGUUGACCUGGGCCUAGGGGCUGUGCACUGCACUGAGAGAGGAAGGUGGGGCCGGCCGAACUCCGAUCCGAACACACAUUCGUGGGAAAUCCACCACCGAGGAAGCACACAUGGAUCUGCCGGCCAGCUCUCUCUCGGGUGCUCGUCUGGUCAGUCAUUACAUCAGAUCUGUCGCGUGCAGCUCAGCCUGGUCAGCCGCUAUACCCGCCGUUUCGUCACAACGUCACAACCAAAGUGAGCAUGGAGGACCUACCCGACGACGUCCUGCUGGCGCUGCUGCAGUACGUGGACGCGAAGGACGUCUUCGCGUGUCGCCUCGUGUGCAAGAGGCUCUGCGGUCUGGCCCUGCACCCGGACGUGUGGCGGCGCCGGUGCAUCGAGGUUCUUUCUUCUCUGCACGAGGACGACUGCAGCUGGAAGUGCGCCGCCCUGGGCCUGGCGCCGUGCCUGGGCGCGCUGAAGGUCGGCCUCCCCUCCCGGACGUGUGUUGCCAGGAACCUAAAGAAGACCAGCUGUGAGGUUGCAAAGUUAAGCUUGGAUUUUUGGGAUGAUGCUAUUGCCGACGCCAGGGCGCCGAUUGGCCGACAGGUGAGACUCGGCCGGCUGAGUCACCUAAGCUUGUUCUUUUUUGACUGCCACCGCGAGUGUGGCGCUUUCCUUUUGAAGCUUCCAGUGUUUGCGCCUGACCUGCAGACACUUGCAGUUUCGGGAAACUUAGAUGUAGGCCACCACAUGGUCGGCGCGGACACGCAACGAUUCCACAAUGUCUACAAAGCCGGCGAGCGCUUGGCACAAUUGAGGCACUUUGACUGGAGAGUCAACGGAUUGAACGAGGGUUUCGGCAGCUUCUUGAUGUUCUUGUUCGCCACCAGCCUGGAGGAGGUGAGCUUCUCGAGCUACCUCGGAGCGCCGUACGUGAACGUGCUCUCGACCGAGCGGUCGGAGCGGCUGGCCGGCAUGCCCAACCUGCGCGUGCUGAGCUGCCCCGCGCUGCCCGGGCUGGAGGCCGUGGCGGCCUGCGGGUCCCUGCGCGAGGUGACGCUGUACGUGAUGCGCAUGACGCACCCGGACUACCCCGGGGCCGCGGCCUUCCUCCGGGGUGCCGUGCAGCUGCGCAAGGUCACCCUGCAGUACCGCCCGGGCGCCGACAGCCCCGCUGACGCCGGCGUGGACCUGGUGGCGGCCCUGGGUGCUUCCGGUCGGUCCCAAGUGGAGUCGCUCGUCAUAGACAACGACAGGGUGCAGGACUUCCCGCAGCUGGACCCGCUGCUGAGCGCGCUGCCCUCGCUACCGGCUCUGCAGCACCUUGAGGUGGACGUGGACGCGGUGCCGGGCGAGCUGCUGCAGGGCAUCACGCCCGUCACGGCCCCGGCGCUGCGGAGCCUCAGGCUCAGGGUGUACUCCAGGUGUAUCCACGCCUGGAUGCACGCGGACGCGAUCCGAAAGUUUCUGGCGAUGAACCCCUGUGUGCAGCUACUGUUGCUCCGGAGACCUAAGUACUGUGACGGCGGCGUGCCUUGCACGGUGUGUGCUCUGGGGUGCCAACACCGCAUUUGGGACAGCAGCGACCUCAAGAAAGACGAGGUCGUGGAUUCGUGCUGGAUUGUCAUUAACCGGAACCUGUUCUGUCAAUAACGAUCUUCUUUUGGACGUUAUCAAGAAAAUUAAUCAUUGGAGACAAUUUUUUUGUAAUGAUAUCGAAGGACUUUUCUCUUUUCUGUCUGCACUACUUUGAUAAGUCAAGUAUGUUUUUGCUUGAUGUAAAACUAUCUUUUGCACAGUAAAUAUUUUCAUUUAAAAAAUGAUUCUCCCUG